AUGAGUACUGGCUCUAAACGAAUCAAAUUUGUAUCCAUAUCGCUACCCAUACUAUACGGUAACCAUGCGUACAAACUCACUCCAGAAAUGCGGAAACCCACAACGCCACCUGACCAUACGCACGAAUGGACUGUCUUUUUCAAACCAGUCUUGGGAGAUUUGGACUUGACGCCGUUGCUUAAAAAGGUUACCUUUAAACUACAUGAAACGUAUGAGAAUCCAGUUCGUACAGUAGAACAUCCGCCAUAUCAGGUCACAGAGACCGGGUGGGGUGAAUUUGAAAUAAUAAUCAAACUACAUUUCCAACCAGGGGUAGACUUGGGCAUUAAUGAAAAGAAUUUUCAAAUCUUCCAUGCGUUGAAAUUACACCCUUACAACCCGCAGCAACCAAAGCGUGAAAAUGGCGAAGUGCAUUCAAUUUUGUACGACGAGUUGGUGUUCAAUGAACCUACUGAAAGGGUAUUUGAAAUCUUGACAAAAAAGCCAGUUAAUCUUAUACCGUAUGAGUUGAGUGAUCCAGACAAAAGGGACCAAGAAUAUAUCAGACCCGAUGAGAUUGAUGAGUUAAGUCGGUUGGAUGUAUAUAUCCAAAAAGUGAAGGAGGAGAUAGAGAAUCAAGCCGGACAGUAUAAGGAGUUGGAACAGCAGAAACUAGCUUUGACUCAGUAG